ACACCGACCCCUGCAAGGGUUCUCCAGUGCUGCCCUGUGGCACGGGUGCAUGCACCAAGGCACGUGCCCCGUGGGACCCGUCUAUCCUCGUGCCCUCCUGCAAGUGCCCCUUCAAUCUCCCCUCCUUUCAACCUUCACACCUUGCCGGCCUGCCCUCCUGCUUCCCUGAUUCCUUCACGUGUCGCCAGCUCUCCACCAACCCAUGUGCCCCGGGGGUGUGCAUUGAUGACAUAGACGGCACCUACUCCUGCCUCUGCCCCUCGCCCUACUUCCCCUUCUACUUCUAUCCCAAAGGCACUGCCCGCUGUUACCAUUUGCGAUUGGCUGCGACUCGAAUGCCCACCUUCCUGUCACCCUUCGGCCUCACAUGCGCUCUCAUCCUCAACACCUAUGGGCUUACCCAGGCGGACUUCUUCAGCCAGAACAAGGGGUUCCAGUGCCGAGUGCCCAUCCCUGUAGACACUCUGGUCAACGUCACUAGCCGGGCUUUUUCCCAAUGCACUUCCAUGUACACUGCUAAUUAUGGUGACACGUGUGACUCACUCAACGCCCUCUUCUCCACGCAGAUACAGCCGCUCAACCCCGCCCUCACCUGCUCCGAUGGGCCCAGGCCCGGCCAGCUCCUCUGUGUUGACUUCAACCAGACGUGGCUUGAGGAGGGAAAGACCCGCAUAUCAUGCAAACUGCAAGCCCAAAUCACCCCAGCCGUGACACAAACCGCGCCCACACCCUCACCGAGCCCUCAACCACCCCCUCCUCCGCCUCUUGCCAACUACACGAGCCUAGGUGUGCCCGUGACAGUGCUGCAGGGCCCGCAGAGCUGCCAGCAGCUGUGGCAGGCGUUUGCCAUUGACUCCCCCACGCGCUUCUUCCAGAUGAAUCCCGGGCUAUCAUGUGAUGCACUGCUGCCGUACAGCCCAAUGCGGGGCAAUAUGAUGAGCAAGAUUUGUGUGGCUAGUGUUGACAGCCGACCGUUUUCUGGCAAUACAU